AUGAGCACAGUGCCUACAAGCGCUCCAACAUCAAUAGUUUCUGCUCCGACGUUGGGCAGUGGGAAUUUUGCGGAAGUUGUCCGUCUUCCCGAAGGGGAAGACCGACAAGAAUGGCUUGCAGUUAAUAUUGUGGAUAUUUUCAAACAAAUUAAAAUGGUGAUGGGGACUCUGUAUGAGGCCUGCACUUCUGAAUCCUGUCCUCUCAUGACAGCUGGGCCAAGAUACGAGUAUUAUUGGACCCAUAGCUCGGGUAGAAAGUUGUCCACAUCAGCUGCUAGAUAUAUUGAUUAUGUUAUGACAUGGGUUCAAGAUCAACUAGAUGACGAAGCUGUCUUUCCUUCUCAGCUAGGCGAUCCUUUUCCUCCAAACUUUGAAGAUGUCUGUGUAUCGAUAAUGAAGCGUAUAUUCCGGGUGUAUGCUCAUGUUUACAAAUCUCAUGCAGAUAAGAUGAGAGAGUUGAAGGCUACAGCUCACCUUAACACAUCUUUCAAACAAUUCAUUCUUUUUGCUCUGCAGUUCGACCUCAUUCCGGAUAUAGAGAUGGAACCUAUCCGUGAUAUCAUUGUCAAAAUUGUUAGGUCGUAA